AUGUGCCUUUCAUCAUUAACAAUUUCACAUUCUUGUUCGGCGUCGACCACUGAUUCAGCAUUAUCUGCAACAACAUCAAAAAGUAACGAUAUGAUGGAAAAUAAUUUACAAGAGGAUUUAUCUUCAGAAGAUAUACUUGUUGCUAAAAAUUCUAUGCCUGAAGAUGAUCCAAAUGGUAAUACAUUACAUGAUGCGAGAGAAAUUCGUUGGGGACCGCAACAUGCUGGUGCAAAAAUUCUUGCUGGUCAAUAUACAAAAGAAAAACGUAUUCAAGAAAUAAUCUCAAUUAUUCUAUGCAUUAUAUUUAUGGUCUAUAAUUUUUUCUAUAUCUGUCGUUAUUUUGAUAUGAGAAAUUGGUAUCUUAUCAUUCCUUCAGCUUUACUUGGUAUUUUAACAGCAGACUUAGCAUCAGGUAUUGUUCAUUGGUCUGCAGACACAUGGGGCUCAGUUGAUAUGCCAUUUAUUGGUCGAAAUUUUUUGCGUCCAUUUCGAGAACAUCAUAUUGAUCCAACAUCAAUAACACGUCAUGAUUUUAUUGAAACUAAUGGUGACAAUUUUGCAGUUACUGUUCCUUAUCUUUUAUAUAUGACUUAUAAAUUUACAUAUUGGAAUGAUACCGAUAUACGACGAAUAUAUAAUUUCGAAGUUUAUAUGUUUCUUCUAGCUAUAUUUGUUUCAAUGACUAAUCAAUUUCAUAAAUGGUCGCAUACUUAUUUUGGUUUACCUAGUUAUAUAGUUUUUCUACAACGUUAUCAUAUAAUUCUACCUCGUAAACAUCAUCGAUUACAUCAUGUCGUACCACACGAUACCUAUUUUUGCAUUACAACUGGUUGGUUGAAUUGGCCGCUCGAAAUGAUUCAAUUCUGGUCUCGACUUGAAUCUAUUGUUGAGAAAUAUACAGGCGCAAAACCGCGUUCAGAUGAUUUUGCUUGGGCGCAAAAGACCGAAAAAGUUCAUUACUAUUAG